AUGAGCACCAGUGAACAAUACUUCCCCAACGAGCCUGUGGCUCCUACCGUGGUCACCUCCGAAUUCCCAGGCCCUAAGUCCCAGGAGGGCAUCAAGUCCUUGGGCCAGGUGUUCGACUCCAGACCAGUCUACUUCAUUGCCGACUACGAAAAGUCGGUGGGUAACUACAUCGUGGACGCCGACGGAAACUCGUUCUUGGACGUCUACGCCCAGAUCGCUUCCAUCCCAUUGGGCUACAACAACCCUGCCUUGAUCGAGGCUGCCAAGUCCGACAAGAUGAUCAGAGCCAUUGUCGACAGACCAGCCUUGGGUAACUACCCUGGUAAGGACCUCGAGGAGAUCUUGAACGGCUUGUUGGCCGUUGCUCCAAAGGGCCAAGACAAGGUGUUCCCUGCCUUGUCUGGUGCCGACGCCAACGAAUUGGCCUUCAAGGCUACCUUCUUCUGGUACCAAGCCCAAAAGAGAGGUGGCCACAAGGUUCCUUUCAGCGACGAAGAAAACACCUCCGUCAUGAAGGGCCAGGCUCCAGGAUCCCCAGAAUUGGCCAUCUUAUCGUUCGAAAGAGCUUUCCACGGUAGAUUGUUCGCUUCUGGUUCCACCACCUGCUCCAAGCCAGUCCACAAGUUGGACAUGCCAUCUUUCAACUGGCCAAAGGCUGAGUUCCCAUCCUACAAAUAUCCAUUGGACAAGCACGAAGAGGAAAACAAGAAGGAAGACCAAAGAUGUUUGGAAAUCGUCGAAAACCUCUUCAAGACCCACUCCUGUCCAAUUGCCGGUGUUUUGGUUGAACCAAUCCAAUCCGAAGGUGGUGACAACCACGCUUCCAAUGAAUUCUUCCAAGGCUUGAGAGACAUCACCUUGAAGCACGGUGCCUUGUUGAUCAUGGAUGAAGUCCAAACUGGUAUCGGUGCCACCGGUUUGUUCUGGGGCCACGAACACUUCGAAAUCUCUCCACCAGCUGACCUUGUCACCUUCUCCAAGAAGUUCCAAACUGCCGGUUACUACUUCCACGACCCAGAAAUCAUUCCAAACGUUGCAUACCGUCAAUUCAACACCUGGUGCGGUGACCCAGCCAGAAUGAUCUUGGCCGGUGCCAUUGCUUCUGAAGUCGUCAAGCACGACUUGCCAGCCAAGGCCCAAAAGGUCGGUGGUUACUUGUUCAAGAAGUUGGAAGACUUGCAAGCCAAGUACCCACAAUACUUGCAAAACUUGAGAGGUAAGGACAGAGCCACCUUCAUUGCUUGGUGUUUCGAUAACUCUGCUGCCAGAGACAAGUUCUUGAAGGACAUGAAGACUGUUGGUGUCAACAUUGGUGGAUGUGCUGAAAAGUCUGUCAGAUUGAGACCAACUAUGGUUUUCGAACAGAAGCACGCUGAUAUCUUGGUUGCAGCUAUUGAAAAGGUUCUUUCAGGCUACUAA